AUGUCAGGUCAAUGGGAUUUGAAAGGUUUACAGAUUGCUUAUGAAGAAGCUCAAAAGGGCUAUGAUGAAGGUGGUGUGCCAAUUGGUGGAUGUUUGAUCAAUAACAAGACAGGAGAAGUACUUGGACGUGGUCAUAAUAUGAGAUUCCAAAAGAAUUCUGCUACUUUACAUGGUGAAAUAUCCACAUUAGAGAAUUGUGGCAGAUUACCUGGUAAGGUAUAUAAAGAAUGUACUUUGUAUACGAGUCUGUCACCAUGUGAUAUGUGUACUGGUGCCAUUAUUAUGUAUGGGAUACCUAGGGUUGUAAUUAGUGAAAACGAAACCUUUAAGAGUCCAGGUGAAGAAUAUUUGAAGACGAGAGGCACAGAGGUCGUUCUUGAAAGAGACCAAAGAUGCAUUAAUUUGAUGCAAAAGUUUAUUAAGGAGAGACCACAAGAUUGGUUUGAAGAUAUUGGUGAGUAA